AUAGAUGCCUUCAGUUAUUUACAAAAUCACCAUCUACUUUCCUUAUAUAUAUAUACACAUCUCCAGGCAUAUAAACACUUCUCUAAGCAACACAACUCAUUUUCUUUCUCUAUACAUCUCCUUUGUUCAUCAUUCUUGUAAGCGUAAAACUCAUGGCUCAUUCGCCGUCUUCUUACUCGUAUGUCAUAGUAACAUACAUAUCUUGUUUAUGGGUUUUGCUCGGGACGGCCUCAGGUCAACUUUCGGCCAACUUUUACGCGACCUCAUGCGCUAAUUUCAGCUCUAUUAUAUCAAACGCUGUGAGCUCUGCCGUUUCAAAUGAAGCUCGAAUGGGUGCUUCGCUACUUCGACUUCACUUUCAUGAUUGCUUCGUUAAUGGAUGUGAUGCAUCGGUGUUAUUGGAUGAUACUGCAAAUUUCACAGGAGAAAAAACAGCGGGACCUAAUAACAAUUCGUUGAGAGGAUUCGACGUUAUCGACACCAUUAAAAGUCAAUUAGAGAGUUCAUGCCCUGGUGUUGUCUCUUGUGCAGAUAUAUUAACAACCGCAGCCCGUGAUUCGGUUGUAGCACUUGGUGGCCCGAGUUGGAACCUUGUGUUUGGCCGGAGGGACUCGACCACGGCUAGUUUGAGUGCGGCUAAUUCCAACAUUCCUGCACCUACUUUGAACCUUAGUGGUCUCAUAUCCUCCUUUUCAAACCAAGGGUUUAAUGCUAAUGAAAUGGUUGCUCUAUCAGGAUCUCAUACAAUUGGGCAAGCAAGGUGCACAGUAUUUCGAGCUCGUCUCUAUAACGAGAACAACAUAAACUCGUCGUUUGCUACAUCGCUAAGAGCAAAUUGUCCUUCAAGUGGAGGUGACAAUAACUUGUCGCCACUAGACGUCGUUUCUCCCACGUCAUUCGACAAUGCAUACUUCAGUAAUUUGAUAAGUCAAAGUGGUGUGUUACAUUCGGAUCAAGAACUAUUUAAUAAUGGUUCAACUGAUGCCCAAGUGAGAACUUACAGUUCAAAUUCCGCAACCUUUUCGACUGACUUUGCAAAUGCGAUGAUUAAGAUGAGUAACCUCAACCCAUUGACUGGAUCAAGCGGAGAGGUUCGGACCAAUUGCAGAAGAACGAAUUGAUAACUUCUUGUUUUAGAAAAUAAAGUUAUUCCAUCCAUUAUGAGAUAAGUGUUUACAUUUCUAAUUUAGUUUGUUUUUAAAUAAAUGAUUAAUCUUAAAAGUGGAUUCUUUUCGAUUGUACCCUCAAUUAUGAUAUAAAAAAGUUCAUUACACCAUCUCUUA